AAAAUACACCACGAAAAUGUCAAGCGAGCGGCCUUAAAUCGCCAUACAACUGUCCGUACGUUGUCAGUAUAAAUUUGGUUGCAAGAUGAGUGCUUUCCCUGGAAAAAGUGAAGAAUCGGAAAAAAUUAAGUGGCGGUGUACAAUCUUAAGUGGAAAGCCAAAUAUUAAACUAAAAUUUUAAAUAAAGAGAGGCCUACAAUAGUGGUUUGAGAAAAUCAAUCGUUAUUAUGUACCAGUAAGAUAAGAUGAUACACAAAUGCAAAUAUUUUUGCAAGUAAUAUAAAGCAGUGCUGCGGUUAAAAAAACAGAUAAGCAACUAAAACAGCAACAUCAUUACAUACAAUAACAUCAGCGAAAGCAAUAACAAAUUCAUUUGGAGAAUAUUGACAAGUUGAAAUUUCGUUUCUAUGUAUACCAGAGAACUUUGCUGGCUUAUUUGAUUUAAGAAAUAUACAAAAACUUAGAGGGUAAUCCAAUAAAAUUCACAACAACUUCCAUAUUCCAUUAAAGAUAAACAAUGACUUCACGAUUGGAUCGUUUAUUCAUAUUAUUGGAAUCCGGUUCUUCCGCUGUAACACGACGUGCAGCUGCUAAGCAAAUUGGGGAAGUACAGAAAUUGUAUCCUCAUGAGUUACACGCGUUACUUAAUCGUCUUAUUGGUUACUUGCACAGUUCAUCAUGGGAUACUCGCAUUGCUGCUGCACAAACAGUUGAAGCCAUAUUACUUAAUGUUCCAGUAUGGAAACCUGAAGUUUUUGCUGCAAGUAAUAGUGCCAUAAAGCGUGAAAUAAAGAAAGAUGAUUUAGAGGAGGACAGUUGUCAAUCUACUAGUUCAGCUUCAUCAUCCAUUGCAACUGUUGCAAAUAGUGUUACCGAAGCUAAAAAUCGCUUUUUAUUAUUUAAUGAAUUUAAUUUAGAACAAAUAUUGAAUAAGGGGGCACGUUUAAUUGGUUCCGAAGGGGCUGAAUUCGAUAUGAAUGAAGAUGGAACUUCGAUAGCCACUAAAGCAGAACACUUAAGCCAACAGCGUGCUAUGCUGAAAGAAAAAUUAGACUUAGCUCAAAUAUUAAAUAUUAGUGAGAUGAUUACGGAUGAAGACAUGUGUAGCAACACCGCUACAUACAAUAUUAAUGAUGAAAAGGUUCCUGUUGAAAGCAUUCUUAAUAUUAAACCUAAUCAUAAUUUAAUACCCUCAAAUGGGCAGCAAUUAAGCUGCCGUGAAAUGAACCGUGCCAAACGUAAAGCACGUCAAAACAUGUCCUCGGCCAGUGUCACCACGACUGUAGCAACGUCAACCACCAACACAAUAAAUCGCAGCACUUCUUUAUUGGGCAAUAAUGGUAUAAAGAGUGAUGAACCCGAAAAGAAAAAAUUUAAAUCUGAUCCUCAAAGGCAGGAAAUAUUUUAUAGCCUAAACGAUCCUGUACCAGAUGCUACAGGAACUUGGAUAGAUGCGACAAAUUGGCCAUUAGAAAAUUUUUGCGCACGCUUGUAUCUGGAUUUAUUCAAUCCCAAAUGGGAAAUACGUCAUGGAGCUGCUACUGCUUUACGAGAACUGAUUCUUAUUCAUUCGAAAGGAGCAGGAAAGAGUAUAAACAUGACAAAAGAAGAAAUGGAAAAUAAUCACAGCUUGUGGUUGGAAGAUGCUGCUUUGCGUUUGCUUUGUGUGCUAUGUUUAGAUCGUUUUGGUGACUUUGUUUCAGAUCAAGUAGUUGCGCCAGUCCGUGAAACAUGCUCGCAAGUGUUGGGUUUAAUUGUUAAAGAAAUGGAAGCAGAACAAGUGUAUAACAUUGUGGAUAUUUUACUAAAAUUAUUAAAAGAAAAUGAGUGGGAAGUACGUCAUGGUGGAUUGUUAGGUUUAAAAUAUGUAUUUGUCGUGCGUCAGGAUUUAUUGGAGAAAUGUUUACCACGUACUAUAAAUGAUGUGCUAAUUGGUCUGUUUGAUACAGUAGAUGAUGUUGGUGCUGUAGCUGCAUCUACGCUUACACCAGUUGCUUUAUGGUUGCCAAAAUUAUUGACUGCUGAGCAGGUGUCAAAAAUUGUUAAAAUGUUGUGGGAUUUGUUAUUAGAUCAAGAUGAACUCACAUCUGCUUGUAAUAGUUUUAUGGGGCUGCUCGCAGCUUUAUUAUGUCUUCCUAAUGCAUCUUCAUGGUUGCAAAUGGAGCCCAUGUCAACAGUUGUACCGCGCUUAUGGCCUUUCCUUUCACACAAUUCUAGUUCGGUACGCAAAUCAACUUUAAUGACUUUAAAAACGCUUUCCACAAAUAAUGCAAAAACUGAAUAUUCGCCAAAAAAUGUAAAAACGAAAACUGAAUUAGUUCCUGAAAAUGCUUCUAGUAUCGGUUUAUCCACAAUGAAGCUUAAUUUUGAUUCAAAAAAUUUAACGCUAAACUUUGGUGUCAUAGACUGGCAGCCAAAAUUACUUCAAGAAGCUUUACGUCAUAUUUAUCAACGAAUUCUAGUCGAAUCACAGACUGACAUUCAUCAACUUACUCAACUUGUUUGGAUGAAUCUUAUUACAAAUGCUAAUAUAGGCGCACUGUUGCAUGCAGCAUGCCCCUAUGUUUCAUCAUGGAUUUGUUUAGCUAUGCAACCUCAAAGACUUGCAUUUGAUCCAGCAGCUUUAAUACAAGCCACCCCAACUAGUGAUGCAUCACUAAAUCGUCGUCGUAUACAAAGAAGUGGUGAUGAUUUAGGGUGUAAUAUUUUAACUUCAAUCACUUCUCAAAAGUUAUUUUUGGGUGGUAGCGAAGCGACUCCGAUUGAGGUACGGGAACGCAACUAUAUGCGAGCUCGCGUUUUGGCUUCACGUGUAUUAGGCGCACUUUCUUUUUAUCUGGUGCAACCAGCACCUGGAGUAGAAUACACUGCAAAUAUGGAGAGCCCUAUGGAUAUUUAUACUAAGGUUUUACUUGGCUAUUUAAAUUCACGUUCUGCUGUGCAACGUUUGGUUUGUGGUUUAAUCAUUGCGUUUUGGGCUCAAAUUGAUACUACAGCCAGAGAUAAUGCUGUAAAGUUACAAGAGAAACUUCGUAUAUGUGUUUCAGAAUAUGUUUACUAUGAUGAAGUUGCUGGAUCAUUUACUCGUUUGCUACAGGACACACAUGAUUUUAUUGCAACGUUGAAACAAUACAAAGUGCCCAUUAAUGAUUUCAAUAAUGCGAAGGUUUUAACUUUGGAUCAAAUUGAAGCGGUAGCAACCACUUUAACGGAGGGUUUAGAUAAACAUGGACUCAAACAAAAAAUAUUAGAUACUCUUGAACAACGUCGCAAAGCUUUACAAACAAAUUUUCAGCAAACUGCAAUUGAGCAAUGUAAUUACAAUAUAAGUGCUCAAGCUGCGCUAGCUGGAGCUAUAGUCUGCUUGCAUUGUUUGCCCGAGAAAUUAAAUCCUGUCGUUAAACCACUAAUGGAGUCAAUAAAACGAGAAGACUGUGAAUUGCUGCAGGAAUUGUCCGGCGAAUUUCUUGUGAUUUUAAUGGAUCAAGCGUGUGAUAGAAACCCUAGUCCCAAUAGUAAGAUUUUAACUAAUUUAUGUAUGCUUCUUAAAAGUGAUUGGGAAUUUACACCAAAAAUUACUAGUUCUGAAAGCACUUUAAAGCAGACUCCUAUAACUAACUCAGUUAAUGAUAACUGUGCUUACUACGGUAUAUUAACAUUAAAUCUUCAACAAAAUACAACAAAUUUUGGAUUACGAAGUGGUGUAUCUAGUACUCCCCGUGGUCCUGGUAGACCACCUUUACAUGAAACUUUAGUUGUUACUGCAGCAGUAGUUAAUGAAAAUAAUUCUAGUUGUGCAAACAGUUUGGAUCUCAAAAAGUCACGCACCCAACGUUUAGGUGCUACAUGCACAAUUAUAAAGCUUUGUAUAGUAUUUGGUGAAAAUAUUUUUGAUAAAAUACCAGUAUUCGACGAUAUUAUGUUUGGGAAAAUCAAAGAAUUUAUUGGUACGCAUGCAGUAAUGGAUAAGUUAUAUGAUAUGCAAAUAAAUGUAAUGGAAGCUAACGAUUUAGUGACGUCUCUGCAAUUAAUUGAAGUUUCCGCACCAUAUUUGCACCAGUCAUUACACGGUAAAGUGUUUGAAUUACUUUCACAAUUUCGCGUGCUAAUAACUCAUCCGUUUAAAGCAAUACGUCAUAUGGUAGCUCGUUGUAUAGCAACUUUGGCCAGCAUAGAUGCGUGUUUAGUUAUGGAUUUUGUAGUCAAUCAACUUGUGAGCCUAUUAAACACAAUAGAAUGUGUUAUUUACCGUCAAGGUGCAAUCGAAGCUAUAGAACGUGUAGUGGAUAAACUGCAGAUUAAGAUUGUACCAUAUAUUGUAUUACUUGUAGUGCCACUUUUAGGAUGUAUGAGCGACCCAGAUGAGUCUGUACGUUUAUUAUCAACACAUUGCUUUGCUACUUUAGUACAACUCAUGCCUUUGGAUUCGAAAGCAGGAAAAAAUGAAAUAAAGUCAAAAUCUUUACAAGAACGAAAAACUAAAGAUCGUGAGUUUUUGGAUUAUCUUUUCGCGCCUAAAACUAUACCUGAUUAUAAAGUACCAGUCGAAUUAUCGGUCGAACUACGCACCUAUCAACAAGCUGGUGUUAACUGGUUAUGGUUUUUAAAUAAAUACAAUUUGCAUGGCAUACUCUGUGACGAUAUGGGUUUGGGUAAAACAUUACAAACAAUUUGUAUUUUGGCUGGAGAUCAUUUUCAACGUGCGUUAGAUAAAAAAACCCAAUUACCAAGUUUAGUAGUCUGCCCACCUACACUUACAGGCCAUUGGGUUUAUGAAGUAGAUAAAUUUUUAAAAAAACAAAACAUUUUGGUUCCACUACAUUAUGUUGGCUUACCACUUAUCAGAGAAAAACUACGAACGCAAAUUAAAAGAUACAACUUAGUUGUAACAUCAUAUGAUACCAUACGUAAAGACAUAUCUUUUUUUAGCAAUAUACAUUGGAACUAUUGUGUACUGGAUGAAGGUCAUAUUAUUAAGAAUGGGAAAACGAAGAGUUCUAAAGCAAUCAAAACUUUAAAAGCCAAUCAUCGACUCAUAUUAUCUGGUACACCAAUACAAAACAAUGUACUUGAGUUGUGGUCACUUUUUGAUUUUUUGAUGCCUGGUUUUCUUGGUACAGAAAAACAAUUUAUUUCUCGCUACAGCCGUCCGAUAUUGGCAUCACGAGAUUCAAAGAGUUCGACAAAGGAACAAGAAGCUGGUGUUUUGGCUAUGGAAGCAUUACAUCGUCAAGUUUUGCCAUUUUUGCUUAGGCGUGUAAAAGAAGAUGUCCUUACAGAUUUACCACCAAAAAUAACACAAGAUCUACUUUGUGAACUAAGUCCAUUGCAGGAAAGACUUUAUGAAGAUUUUAGUAGAAUGCACCUUAAUUCUGAAAUAAAAGAUUGCUUGGAGAAUUUAACUGAAAGUGAUAAUUUAAAUUCAAAAACACAUAUCUUUCAUGCCUUACGUUACUUGCAAAAUGUUUGUAACCAUCCCAAACUUGUAUUAACACCAAAUCAUCCUGAAUUCAUAAAGAUAUCGCAAGAGUUGAUGAAACAGCAAACAUCGUUAAAUGAUAUUGAGCAUUCAGCUAAAUUACCUGCUCUUAAACAACUAUUACUGGAUUGUGGUAUUGGUGUACAAACGGAAUCUGUUAGUCAACAUCGUGCAUUGAUUUUUUGUCAAUUAAAAGCUAUGCUGGAUAUUGUUGAGAACGAUCUCCUCUGUAAACAUCUGCCAACAGUAACAUAUUUGCGGUUGGAUGGUAGUGUGCCAGCUUCUAUGCGUCAGGAUAUAGUAAACAAUUUUAAUAGUGAUCCUAGUAUAGAUGUGCUUUUAUUAACGACACAAGUUGGUGGACUUGGUCUUAAUUUAACUGGUGCUGACACAGUUAUUUUUGUUGAACAUGAUUGGAAUCCAAUGAAAGAUUUGCAGGCAAUGGAUCGAGCGCAUCGUAUUGGCCAAAAAAAAGUUGUUAAUGUAUAUCGUUUAAUUACACGUAAAUCAUUGGAGGAAAAAAUAAUGGGUUUGCAAAAAUUCAAAUUACUCACAGCAAACACAGUAGUCAGUGCGGACAACGCUUCCAUGGAUACUAUGGCCACCGAACAAUUAUUUGAUUUAUUUAAUUUAAAUGAACGUGAAAAUGGUAAUGAAAAACCAGUAUCUUCUACUGCACCAAAAACCAAAACUCAAAUGUCAAUGAAUACAAUAAUUCAAAACCUGCCAGAAUUAUGGUCAGAACAUCAGUAUGACGAAGAAUAUGAUUUAAGCAACUUUGUUCAAGGUUUAAAAAAAGUAAAAGAUAUGUAGUUUAAAAGUUUAGUAUAAGUGAAUUAAAUCAUUGCGACUAUAAUGCAAGAAAAAAGUAUCAACUAUGCUUUUCUUACAGUGAUGUUAUUAAAGACUUUUAAUUUUAAUCUUU